CGCAGCGUUCAAAUUUGUGGCAAAAAGGAGUGAUUCGUUGUUGCACACGAUGAAUCACACGUCGCUUGUUCUAUAAAUGGUAAUCUUGACACCUAUGCUCAAUGGCCAAAAAAACAAUCAAAUGGUAAUCUUGCAUUCUUGCUCUGAGAAAACAGCGGAAGUAGCAGCUCCAAUGGCUUCCCAGCUCUCCUCCCUCGCAGCAACCGCAGGCCUGUGCUUGCUCUCAGCUCUCGCCAUAGCCUUGCUGGCGGUGACCAUCUACAUCCUGGGCGUUGUUGCUUCCUUCGCCGUCUUCUGCAUCAGAGAGUAUGCCUGGAGAGCUCACGACCGGCCACCUCUACUCGGGACAGUGUUCAGGCUGCUCAAGAACUUCAACAGGCUCUUCGACGAGCAUGUGGAGUACGCGCUUGCCCAUCGCACCAGCAGGAUCCUCUUUCUUGGGCACAGUGAGCUGUGGACCUCUGAUCCACAAGUCAUUGAGCAUAUCCUCAAGACCAGCUUCAGUAAAUACAGAAAGGGGGACUUCAACAUUCAGAUCAUGAAGGAUCUCUUUGGAGAUGGAAUUUUCGCAACAGAUGGCAAGAAGUGGCGGCACCAGAGGAAGUUAGCAAGCCACGAGUUCUCGACCAGAGUGCUUCGCGACUUCAGCAGUGUCGUGUUCAGAAUAAAUGCUGCAAAACUGGCAGAGAAGAUCUCAUCUGCAGCAGCCAAUGGAACUGCAAUAGACAUGCAGGAUCUUUUGAUGAAAACAACUAUGGAUUCAAUCUUCAAAGUGGGAUUUGGUUUCGAGCUGAACACACUAUCUGGAUCAGAUGAACCUAGCAUGCAAUUCAGUGAGGCCUUCGAUGAGGCAAACUUCCUUGUUUUCCACCGAUAUGUUGAUAUAUUUUGGAAACUGAAAAGGCUACUUAAUAUUGGGUCAGAAGCUAAACUAAAGAGGAACAUAGAGAUCAUCGACAACUUUGUAAUGCAGUUGAUCCAUCAAAAGAGAGAGCAAAUGAAGAAUGGACGUGACUAUAAAGGCAGAGAGGAUAUAUUAACAAGAUUUAGGGGGUCAAGUGAGGAGGACCCUGAAACAAUGAAUGACCGUUACCUGCGUGACAUAGUCCUCAACUUCCUAAUUGCUGGGAAAGACACCUCAGCAAGUACUCUCUCCUGGUUCUUCUACAUGCUAUGCAAGAACCCCGUCGUGCAGGAUAAGGUGGCAACUGAAAUCAAUGAGUCACUUGAGUGGGCCGAGGAAGAUAACAACAUUGAAAACUUCACUGCAAGAUUGAAUGAAGGUGCUAUCGAAAACAUGCCCUAUCUUCAUGCUGCAAUCACCGAGACCCUCCGUCUGUAUCCUGCUGUUCCAGUGGAUGGUAAGAUAGCAGAUGAAGAUGAUACGCUGCCUAAUGGCCAUAGAGUGACUAAAGGAGAUGGAGUGAACUACAUGAUUUAUGCCAUGGGAAGGAUGACAUACCUCUGGGGAGAGGACGCUGAAGAAUUCAGGCCUGAAAGAUGGCUUGUGAAUGGAGUCUUCCAGCAAGAGAACCCUUACAAGUUUGUGGCUUUUAACGCGGGCCUCCGCGUCUGUUUGGGGAAGGAUUUUGCGUACAGGCAGAUGAAGAUCAUGGCUGCUACUAUGGUACAUUUCUUCAGGUUCAAACUGGAAGACGAAUCCAAGGAGCCAAUAUACAAAGUGAUGUUUACCCUGCACAUGGACAAAGGCCUUCAUUUAUAUGCAUACCCACGUUCGGCAUGAAUGGCCAAACGAGCUAUUGUAACCUUUGCAUGUACUGAAAAAAUGCACACAUUGCACAAGUAUAAUACAUAGUACUUGGGAGGAAGUUAGUGGAAA